UCUUUCUGUGUGAUAUACCAAACUUACCUAUCUGAACUGUAACUCUGAUCAGUCUAACAGCCUCAUUCACUGAAGCUUUGUAUGGACUAUGUGUGAGUGACAUGCUCAUUUCUGUGGUCUGAGUGUUUGCGCGACUGAACGCACGAGAGCUGUAGGUGCUCGAAGCUUAUAGGAGGCAUUUAUUUGUGCGACAAGACUGUUAUUAUUGAUCUUUGUUGGACGUGAUUCGAAAUAGCUAAAAGCAAACAUUUUAGGCAACUCUUUGUCGUUGUUCAGCUCGAGUAGAAAGCUCUGAGCAUAUAUAAUUAUUCUGCGCGUGUGGAGACGACCUUCCCCACCCAAUUUCUGAUUAUUUGUGUGUUUUCAACUGGCGGUCAAUACUGGACUCACCGGAGGAAGCGGAUCCACAAACAACGCUUCGUGUCGGGCAGGGCCCAUUCCUGGCCUACGUCACUCACAGCUAAUGGAUGUCUUUACCCCGUAUGCCUACAAUGAAAGCUUGUACGAUAACGGAACAUGGAGCUUCAACGACACAAAACAGGAGCAGAGGCACCCUUACAACUACUAUGCCAUGCUUCUUACACUGCUUAUCUUCGUCAUUGUCUUUGGCAAUGUGCUGGUUUGUAUGGCUGUAUCCAGAGAAAAGGCUCUACAGACCACCACCAACUACUUAAUUGUCAGCCUGGCUGUCGCUGACCUUCUGGUCGCCACUCUGGUUAUGCCUUGGGUUGUCUACUUAGAGGUAGUGGGAGAGUGGCGAUUUAGCAAGAUCCACUGUGACAUCUUUGUCACUCUUGAUGUAAUGAUGUGUACAGCCAGCAUCCUUAAUCUUUGUGCCAUCAGCAUUGACCGAUACACAGCAGUUGCAAUGCCAAUGCUGUACAACACACGCUACAGUUCCAGGAGACGGGUCACAGUGAUGAUCUCUGUGGUGUGGGUGCUGUCUUUUGCCAUAUCUUGUCCUCUGUUGUUUGGGCUAAAUAACACAGCUACUCGUGAUGCGUCUCUUUGUGUGAUCGCCAAUCCAGCCUUUGUGGUGUACUCCUCCAUCGUGUCCUUCUAUGUACCCUUCAUCAUUACCCUCCUGGUUUAUGUGCAAAUUUAUGUGGUCCUGAGGAAGCGCAGAAAACGUGUAAACACAAAACCAAAGCAACGUGUCUGUCAGUCUGCUGAGCCUGAUGUAGCCACUUCGCUGAAGGACAAGUGCACUCAUCCAGAGGAUGUGAGGCUGUGCACGAUGAUUGUUAAGUCUAAUGGGAAUUUUGCUGUCAACAAGAAGAAAGUGAUUUUCAUCAAAGAUGUAGCCAAUGAGGGGGAAGAUCUGGAGUUGGAUGAGCUGAAUCACAGUGGCAGCAGCCAGAAGCAGAAGCAGCAGACACAGAGUGUCCUAGGAGACACUCCGGCCACCAGCCACCAGCAGCUGAUGCCUAACAAAGCCAACGCUAGCCCCACUUCCACACCUCCCACACCCCCUGAGGAUGGCCAAAAACCAGAAAAAAAUGGAGAUCCUAAGGAAGCCCUAGCUGACCGAGCACCCAUUGUAGCCAAAGCCUUCCAGACACAGGCCUUACCUAAUGGCAAGACUCAGACGUCAGUCAAAACCUUGAGCAAGAGGAAGAUUUCCCAGCAGAAAGAGAAGAAAGCUACUCAGAUGUUAGCCAUUGUUCUUGGUGUAUUCAUCAUAUGUUGGUCGCCGUUUUUCAUCACGCAUAUCUUAAACACCCACUGCACCAAAUGCAAGGUUCCUGCCGAGAUGUAUAAUGCUUUUACGUGGCUGGGCUACGUGAACAGUGCUGUAAAUCCCAUCAUAUACACCACCUUUAACGUGGAGUUCAGGAAGGCUUUCAUUAAGAUCUUGCACUGCUAAGCCACAGCAUCCCUUACAAUUUGGACAGGGGGAGAAGUGAUGAAAGGGUUAGGCCAACACUCUGGCAAAUACCUCAUCCUGUUAAGGAAAACACAUCACAUGGGACAACUGCAAUCUGCUUUUCAAUCUUAAGGAGUAACAUGACUGAAAAAAUGGCAAUAUCUUCUUGAAAGGCAUGUUAGCUCUGUAUGUGAAUUGUUUGUGGAGUCCUGUUCUCCAGAUCACUGAAUGUAAAACAAGAAAAGUCUGUAACAAUGACCUGUUUGUGGAGAGAAAAAAAUUACAUUGUUCUCUGAACUCAUUGUGUUUGUUGCAUAAGAAGCCAUCUGUGUAUAUCACACACAUGCAAGCUGCAAACUGAUAUUUAUCGUGUGUGUACUUUAUGUUUUGAUGAUGGAAACUUUCUGCAAUUCUUAAAGAUAUCACGUCAGUGUUCAUUGAAGUGUUAAAACUGAUGUGUCAGCUCUUGCUCUAGAAAUCUAUCACUGAUUGGAAUAUGUGUCAAAGAAAUUAUUUAAUUGCUGUACAAUGUGACAAUGCCAAUUUCUGCAUUUUUGCAAUUUUAUAUUAUUAUUAUUAUUAUUAUUAUUAUUAUUAUUAUUAUUAUUAUUAUUAUUAUUAUUAUUUGCUAUAUUGUAUAUAGUUUUAUUAACACAUUCAAUGUGAUUAUAUGCCUGCAAUGGAAAUGUGAUGCAUGCUACACUGCUCCUCUACUUGACUUUUCAUGAAAUGUAUGUUAAUGAAAAAUAGCAAAAGAGCUCUAAUAAAUUAAAUUAAGAUACCUGUCAAGUGCCACAUAGAUAUCAUUGUUCACUGUGUGAAUAUAAACACGCACACAUAAACAUUUAUAAUAAUUAUAUCUUGCCUGUCAUUAAUUUUUGGUGUGCAGUUUAAAUAUUGCUGUUUGCAUUCAUAUUAGAUGGCAAAGUAUGUGGAAUUAGCAGCUACAAGAUAUAAUAAUUUGGAUGCGCAAAGCCAUUUAGCUGCAUCCCUGGGCCUUUGAUGAGUAAAAAUGAGGUGAACUUGGCUAAACUAAAGCAAUAGCUGCAAUAAAUUUAAUUUAAUUAUUUUGCAACCAGAGGUUGUAUGUAGUGCUUUUGUUCUUCGGUAUGCGACUCAAAAAAACAGAAAGUUAAAGAAUAACAAAUAAAUUGUCAGGUCCCAAAACAUAAAUUAGUGUUGUGAAUUUUGUUUUCUCAGCAUGAGAAAAUUAGUUCUAUUGGUACAGUUGCGCAGGGCUUUG